AUGGAUUGGUUUACCUUUAUACUGACGUAUUUCGCGUCAAAAAACCUGUCUCUUAUUACGGCAUUUCUGUGCUGGACUCCAGAAAAUGCAACUAAAUUAGUGUCGCUCGCAGGCUCAAUGGAGCUUAGAAUUCGAGUGCACAAUGACUUCCAUAAGUUACCAGAGCUACCUGCAUAUCGCAAUUACCGCGAAGGCAUAAUUUUAGACAUUGCGUGUGCUGGAGUGGAGAAUGUUCUUUAUGAGGCCUCCAAAAGCCGUGCGUUCAAUCACCGCCACUCCUGGCUACUUCUACACGAAGCCUCACAAAAUAUGACUUAUUUAGAAGAGAUACUUCAGGACACUGUUAUACUUCCUGACUCUGAUGUCGUGGUCGCAUUUGAAGACACCAUGUUUGACGUGUACAAAAUUAAAAUUGGCGAACCCUUAACUACUCUGAACCUAGAUAUGGAUGAAAGAAGAGAUAUGGCUGAAUUGCAAGCGAGACUACCUUCAGCGGUGUCCAGGAGGAAGAAUUUGCACAACUUGUAUUUGAAAGCAGCCACCAUUGUAAGUCAGCCACAGUACUUCAAGGGCUGGUCAGAUCUGACAAACCGACAAAUUGACACAUUUCCAAAGCUCACGUAUCCGCUCUUAAUGAUUUUAGCUGAGGAUCUCCAUUUUCGCUACAACUUGAAGCAAAUAGACCUCUACGGCGAAGAAAGGAACGGGUCUUUCAACGGGUUGGCGGGGAUUCUGCAGCGGCAGGAGGUGGAGGUGGGAGUGACCUCCAUGUUCAUGAGGAAGGAUCGCUGGCGUGUGCUGCACUACUGCUCCGAGACUGUUGAGCUAGUCGGCGCCUUUAUCUUCCGGCAACCUUCCCAGUCAGCUGUAUCCAACGUGUUCCUGCUUCCGUUCAGCGCGGGCGUUUGGGCGGCAGCCGGCGGCGUGUUCGUAGGCGCCGGCGCGCUGCUCGCCACGCUCGGCCUCGUGGCGCGCCGCAGGGCCUUCUGUGACGAGACCGCGCCUCGCCUGAACCUCGCUGAGGCGUUCACGUUUGCUGUUGGCGCUGUUUGUCAGCAAGGUUCCGACCUAUCACCACAGAUUCUGUCAGCCCGCAUCCUCAUGCUGUUCACGUUGCUCUCCUCGCUGUUCGCGUUCACGUCGUACUCCGCAAAGAUAGUGUCCAUUCUACAAGCACCCAGCAACGCCAUACAAACCAUAGACGACCUCACGCACUCGCCCAUGGGCAUGGGGGUGCAAGAGACUACGUAUAAAAAAGUUUAUUUCGCUGAGAGCACGGACCCCGCGACCCGACGGCUGUACCGACGCAAGCUGCAGCCGCUCGGAGACGGCGCUUAUUUGAGCGUCGUGGAGGGCAUAGACCGCGUCCGAAAAGGACUUUUUGCAUUUCAGGUGGAGCAAAGUUCUGGCUAUGACGUAAUCAGCAGAACGUACACGGAGCGAGAGAAGUGUGGACUCAAGGAGAUCCAGGCCUUCAAAUUGCCAAUGGUAGCUGUGCCCAUUCGAAGACAUUCCGGAUAUCGGGAUUUAUUUGCGGCAAGGCUCCGCUGGCACCGCGAGACGGGGCUGAUGGACCGCGUGCGGCGCACGUGGCUGGCGCGGCGCGCGCGCUGCGACGCGGGCGGCGGCGGGUUCGUCAGCGUGGGGCUCGCCGACGUGCUGCCCGCGCUCGCCGCGCUGCUCGCGGGCGCGCUGCUCGCCGCCGCGCUGCUGCUGCUCGAGCUCGCCUGCACGCGCACGCGCGCCUCGCUACACUCGCUGCACUGCUGCACCAGCCGCGUUUAA